AUGUCCUCUUUCUCCUCGCAGACAGUCCUCGAGGACUCAGAAAAGUCCCCAUGCGAGAAGAAGGCCGAUACACAGGCCCCGCUGCCCCCGUGCGACGCCGAAGCACCACCUUCCACGAAGGUAGCGGCCGCAGAUACACCUGGUGACAAGUACCUGGUGAUCCUGGAUCCCGAUGAAGAUCCAAAGAACUGGUCCGCAUACAGGAGGUGGCUCAUCUUGCUUGUUAUCACGUCUGCGGCACACUGUGCCACUUGGGCUUCUUCGGCAGCAGCGUUCACAGAAGCGGGACUCGUGACGGACUUACAUACCGUACAGGAAGUCACUAUCCUCAGUAUUAGUCUCUACGUCGAAGGCUUAGCUUUGGGACCUCUGCUCAUUGGACCUCUAUCGGAGGUCUACGGAAGAAAUAACAUCUAUCGCGUGUCCUACAUUCUAUUCUUCGCGUUCACAUGGCCAACAACUUUCCCUCCCGACAUGGCUACUUUUCUCGUAUUCCGUUUCAUCACAGGCUUCUGCAGCUCUGCGUUCCUGAGUGUUGCCGGCGGCAGCGUUGGAGAUCUUUUUGCUGGUUCGGCGGUCGCAAGUGCCAUGGCAGUCUAUACUCUGGGCCCUUUCCUUGGGCCUGUAGUAGGGCCUCUUAUAUCUGGUUUCAUCUGUCAAAACGUAGAUUGGCGUUGGACGUAUCGUGUUCUUCUUAUAUGGCAGUUUGCAACCAUCCUAAUGUUAUACUUGUUCGUCCCGGAAACUUACGAGCCAGUUAUCCUCAAGCGAAAAGCUGCACGAUUACGCAAGGAAACGGGCGACAACCAAUACUGGGCACCUCUUGAUCGCAGGGAAGGAACAUUGACCCAAGCAAUUUUGCUGAGCUGUUAUACGCCGUUCCGUGGGGAUUUUCCUAUCCUACCCAAUUUGACUUCACUGAUUGUGCUCAUAGAGCUACUGCUCUUCGAUCGCAUGGCAUUGCUCCUAGAUACGUGGAGCGCAUUGGUUCUUGGCAUUCUGUAUCUUGCAUUCCAAGCAUUCCCUGUGAUAUUUCAAGGAGGCCAUGGAUUCAACGUCCAGGACACGGGCAUGUCCUUCUUGGGCAUUGGUAUUGGGAUGCUUAUGGCGGCAGCAACACAACCUCUGUGGAAUCGCCUGAAUGAACACCAAGCAGCGAAAUAUAGUGGUAAACCUCCUCCCGAGGCGCGGCUCGUAAUGGGUCAAUUGGGCGGCGUGCUUGUGCCAAUUGGUCUAUUUUGGCUUGCGUUCACGACGUAUAGGCAAGUUCCAUGGAUCGUGCCCAUCAUCGCCUCUGUGCCGUUCGGCGCAGGUGCAUUCUAUGUGUUCACGUCAACAUUCACGUACCUUGUCAUGGCGUAUCGCCCAAUUGCCGCGUCUGCGAUGGCCAGCAAUACGGCAUGGCGAUGUACGUUCGCAGCUGUGUUCCCAUUGUUCGCUGGACAGAUGUACAAUCGCUUGGGUACGGUGGGCGCAACUGCACUUCUGGCGGGCUUGACAACGCUGAUGAUGCCACUACCCUUCGUCAUUUACAAGAUGGGUGCGCGGCUCCGAGAGAAAUCGCAGUUUGCCGUCUCGUCAUGA